UCUCCCCCCUUUCCACCCUCGCCUUUCCCCUUCUCUUUACUCGAAGCCGCCACAAAGCGCGAGCCGGAGGUCGCGAGAGGGGGCUCCGGGGGACGCGGAGGAGGAGGAGGAGGAGGAGAAGGGAAGAGGAGGAGAAGAAGCAGGAGGGAAGGAGGACAGCGUACCUUCUUCGAGGAAGCGCAGCAGCGGCAGACACCUUGCGCGCCUGGUCCUGCCUCCCGCCUUCCUUCCCUCCCUCCCCGCCUCCUUUCGGUGCCCAUCUGUCUGGCAAAAAGGCAAAAAAGGGAGCAACACGUUGUUGCCUUCUUUCUCUCGCCCCUCAAGUUGCUGCGGGGAGUGACAAUACAACUUCGACGGCCCUCCCUUGAGGGAGAAACACAACAGGAGUGGCUCGUCAUUCCGUUCUUUCAGGCUGUGUUUGUGAAGAGAACUAAUAAUAAAAAGGACAGUUUUUUGCGCGCUUUGCCUCGACCGUUUCUCUCGAUGGCCACCGGCUGAGGGAGGGAUGCUGGCCAGGAUGUCAAGCGGGCCACCCCAUGGCCAACGGGGGCGAGUGUGGGAUCCUCCAGCCCCGCCGGUGCCUCUCGUUUCCUUCCUGGAUCUAACUUCCCAAGCUCUUCUCCCGAGAGCCUGCCUUGCCUUCGGGACCCGAGGGGAACCUGUAUCCCUUCAUCGGAUAUCCAGGCCCUUCGUUGCCUUGCUGUCAACAUGAGAUUGGAUUUGGUUUUGCUCCCCUUCAGGACUCCUGGAAGCCUGGAUGUGACUGGAAGCUCCAACCUCUUCUGGAAAUAAAAGACAUUAUUUAUUCAUCACCCAAGUCGCCUUUCUCUUUGCCUCCAGCCUUGGGGGACAUGUUUGUACCGGGCAACCUCGUCUGCUGCAAAUAAAAGGGCAUCAUCACAGAGCCAUGGCUGAUACAGAAUGAGAACCUCAAGCUGAUACCAAAUGAGAGACUCCUUCCUGGGCACACAGAAGACCUGGCGACUUGGAAGGUGCUUCUUGGCAGGGGGUUGGACUGGAUGACCCAUGAGGUCUCUUCCAACUCUAUGGUACUAUGAUUCUGUGACCAGACUGCGCUCUGGCACCACAAGAUACAGAGCAAGCCUUGAGAGAUGGUGCCACAAAGUGGAGUGCACGACAUGCGAGUGUGGAGAAGAGCAAACCACGGACCACCUAUUCCAAUGCAGCCUGAGCCCUGCCACAUGCACAAUGGAGGAUCUUCUUAUCGCAACACUGGAGGUGCUCAAAGUGGCCAUUUACUUGUCAAAGGACAUUUAGUAUAAUGUCAAGUUUUUAACUUUGUGUUUUUUGAAUACAAGUGUACCCUUGGUUUGCUUCUGACACAAUAAGUAAAUAAAUCACAGAGCUGUACUCUGAAACAUGCAUCCCAUCAAGGCACUCUUUGGCUUGGCAUGGCUUCUAGGCAGCCUUUCUGCCCCGGCAGCUCUGCCCCAGACACCUUUCAGAGGAGGUGACCCUCCUGUUGGCAGAAAGGGCAAGGAGUGUGGAGUAUGGUGCCGGGCCUCCCUGCUGCCCCUGCAGAAAGAAGCAAAUGGGCAAGAAGUUGUCUGGGCCGUGGGAAGCAUGGCUCAAACUUCUGUUCAGAGCGAGCAAUCCAAGGACACUGUAGCUCCAACUCCACAGCACUGGGCUCCAUCUGAGGAUUAUGACAAUACCAAGGAUUGGAGUAUCAAUGGAGAAGCUAUACCACAAUCUGUUGUCCCUUUGGGAAAACAUGUCCAGAGUCUUUUCAACAAAGACACUUUUAUAGCCUUGGAGGCUGACAGAGACUUUGAUCUCCUGCAGGAGACGGAAAGUAGGUGGCAUAGUGUAGGGACUAGCCCGAAGAGACAUGCUAGACUUAAGCGAGGUGCCACUGAGCUCCAGGACCAAGGACGAGUAGGGAAAGCCAAGGUUUUCAAGAAUGUCCACCCCACGAGAAACGUUUAUAACUCCACAGACAACCAAAGAACUCAUGAGGUAGAGAGCGAUCUUCCUCAGGCACUGCCCUUAAAUGGCUCCACAGUUGGUGCUGUGGAGAAAGAUGCUGGUGCCCUACGCAAUGGGACAUUCCGACCAGGCCGGGUCAAGAAUCCUUUCUACCCCUUGACAGAGGAGUCAUAUGGUGCCUAUGCGGUCAUGUGCCUCUCAAUAGUGAUCUUUGGCAUUGGGAUCAUGGGCAAUAUGGCCGUGAUGUGCAUAGUGUGCCAUAACUACUACAUGAGGAGCAUCUCCAAUUCCCUGCUCGCCAACCUAGCCUUUUGGGAUUUCCUCAUCAUUUUCUUCUGCUUGCCACUGGUGAUCUUUCAAGAACUCACCAAAAAGUGGCUGCUGGAUGAUUUUUCUUGCAAAAUUGUACCAUACAUUGAGGUAGCAUCACUUGGAGUGACCACCUUUACACUGUGUGCCCUCUGCAUAGACCGCUUCCGUGCUGCCACUAAUGUGCAGAUGUAUUACGAGAUGAUUGAAAACUGUGCAUCCACAACUGCCAAGCUGGCUGUUAUAUGGGUUGGAGCUCUACUGUUGGCACUGCCUGAGGUGGUUUUACGCCAAUUGGCAAAAGAAGAUUCUGACAUCAGUGGGAACCCUCCUGUAGAACGGUGUGUGGUAAAGAUCUCUCCACAUCUACCAGACACAAUCUAUGUCUUGGCCCUUACCUAUGAUGGUGCAAGGCUCUGGUGGUACUUUGGCUGUUACUUUUGCUUGCCUACCCUUUUUACCAUUACUUGCUCUUUGGUGACUGCAAGGAAAAUCCGAAAAGUGGAGAAAGCUUGUACAAGAGGAAACAAGCGACAAAUCCAGCUAGAGAGCCAGAUGAACUGUACUGUGGUGGCUUUGACCAUUUUAUAUGGCUUUUGCAUCAUUCCUGAAAACAUUUGCAAUAUUGUCACUGCCUACAUGUCCACAGGGGUGUCGCAGCAGACUAUGGAUCUCCUGCACCUCAUCAGUCAGUUUCUGUUAUUCUUCAAAUCAUGUGUGACUCCAGUUCUCCUUUUCUGUCUUUGUAAACCAUUCAGUCGGGCCUUUUUGGAGUGUUGCUGUUGCUGCUGUGAUGAAUGCAUUCAGAAGUCUUCGACAGUAACAAGUGAUGACAAUGACAAUGAGUACACUACAGAGCUUGAACUCUCCCCUUUCAGUACUAUACGUCGGGAAAUGUCCACCUUUGCCUCCGUUGGGACACACUGUUAAUUUAGGGUUUAUACCCCUCCCGCCCCGGUUGACUUCAGUUGCAUUCUGGAUUUUGGUAUUUAAUCUUAUUUCCAUUUUUUAUUGAAAAAUGAAAAUCAGCCAAAAUCCUGUAAGAUUUACUGUAAACUGGUGUGCAUAUUAACAUAUCCACUUUUGAGAAAGAAUUUUUAGUGACUGAAAAAAAUACAUUUUCAGCAUAGUUUUAAAUAAGUAUAUUUCUGGUGCUAGCAUUUUAUGUAUUAAGCAAAGACGGAAGUUGUCUCUGCUUCUUCUAUUAUUAAAUUAAUUUAGGAUGGAUUUUUGUGUGAAAGUUUUAAAAUAAUUGUUGCACAUAGCUUACAUUGGUAAUGAUCCAGCUUUCAGUAAACAUAGUCCCUAAAUGCAGCUAUCUGAAAGUAAGCUCCAUUGAACGUGGAGUUAUGGGAGUCGUAUAAUGGUUGUUCUGAACUGAAGUUUGUUCUUUUGAUGGGGUACUCAACAAAUACUAAUGACUCAUUGAUUUCAGUGAAAGAUAGGAAAGUACAUGCUUAAAUCUCCUGUUAAAAUCAAUGGGACUAUAAAUUGUUUAAUGUAGGCUGAAUCAUUCUCAGUAUUUUCUCCUUCCCUCCCUCAAAUAAUUUAUGAAAAUGUGUGAUUCAAAUAAUUUGAAGAGAGAUUUAAGUCCACUUUAAGUAAAUUAAAGUGGAAUUAUUUAGGGCUUUACAAUAAAUAACUAAUAAAUAAAUUAAUAAAUAGCAUAAAUUAAAUGGGUUUUUAUUAUUGGGCCUGCAUUUUUGAAAAGCCUAUCAGCAGUUGCAUCAAGAAAUAUGAGAACAUUUCUAUAACAAGGAAAACAGUUAUUUCUCCCCUUUACACGGUCCAAUUACAAAAUGAUUAAUUACAAAAAAAAUAUAUCCUUGGACCUAUAGCUUUGUAAUGAGUUGUUGCAGAAUUAAAAGCAUUAUGUUCCGUCGGUGCACUUCAUAUGCAUAAGGCCAUCAGGUUGAUGUCUCCUCCCCAAAUGACAUACAAGAGAGAACAAUUUGAGCACAAAUAUACAGUAAGCUAUGUAUUUGUAUGGCUGCCUGAUUGAUUUUAAGCAUGAAAUGCUGUGGGAUAGUGAGGAGGAAGAUAGUAGCUGCACUGAAUUGGAAAUUAGAGCAUAUCUGCACAGUAAGUUUCAAUCUAGUAUACCUAAAAAUAAAAAAUAAAAUUCCAUGAUUUUGUAGUGUAAAACAUACAGUCAGAAUAUUUGAUAUUUCUCUUAAUAGAUACUUCCUUUUUAACCUGUAGAUAUAAGAUAAGUUAUUGCGUUCUGUUUGAUCCAGUGGGAUCCGUUCACACCAAGGUGUAAUACCUGUGAUUCUGAUACUUUCUUUUUACAACGUGUUCUACACUAAGGGUUUGUUCUCGGUCUGUGUGUAAUACUCCUGCUGUAAGUGACAGUGCCAUUGUAGGGGGAGAGAUGUAAGAACGUGCCACAGAGUUUAGUGACAAUAAAAUCUGAAGGCUUAAAA